AUGCAUUCAUAUGGAUUAUUUUCAGCUUCUGAGAAAAAUAUUCAACAGCACAAACCAAUUCCUUUGCAAAAUGUUAAAGUUUCGGCGAAAGUUAUUGACGUGAUUUCCGAAGUAACAAUUUACCAGACUUAUAAAUACGCUGAAUCUAAUCAAAGUCAAGCGAUUUAUAAAUUCCCGAUUCUCCCUUCUUCGGCAUUUUGUGAUUUUGAAGUUAAAGUUGAUGAUCGAGAAAUCAAAGGAAUUGUUGAAGAAGCUGAACAAGCUACUAAAGAAUAUGAAGAAGCGUUGAAGAAUGGAAAUAUUGCAUGUACGAUUGAAGAUCAAUCUCCCGAUUUAUUUUAUUGUUUUGUCGGUACAAUAUUACCCGGUCAAACAAUCGAAAUUAAAUUAAUCUAUGUCUCGGAACUUCAACAAGACACGAAAUCAGAAGGAAUUCGAUUUACCCUUCCAACAGCAAUCGCACCAAAAUACAAUCAUUAUUCUUUAGAAAAACAGCUUGAAGGAAAAAAUUUUGAACUUGAAAAUAAUUUAAACGAAUGUGAGUUGGAAAGUUGUAAAAUAGAAAUAUCGGUGACGUGUAGAAUGACAUCAGUUAUCACCAGUAUUGAGUCACCCACUCAUGCAACUAUAUCUGAAGUUGAUACUAAUAAUGUGAGGUUAGCUAGAGUUGAUUUAAAUGAAAAAAUUGGUUAUUUGGAAAAUGAUUUCGUUCUCGUGUUUUCAAGUCAAGGAUUAGAUAAACCGAGAGCAUUGGUUGAAUAUAAUUCAAGCACUGAUACGAAUUGUGUCAUGCUCACUCUGGUACCGCAAUGUGUGCCUUACACGGGAGAGACCGAAUUUAUCUUCAUCGUUGACGUCCAGACAUUAAGAAAAUGUAUGAAAGCAUUGGAAUUAGCGAUCUAUUCGCUUCCCGAAAAUUCCCUUUUCAAUAUCAUAUCACAAAAUACAUAUCUUUUUCCCGAUGAGAGUCAACAAUACUCGCAAUCAACGUUCAAUGCGGCUAUUGAAUUCAUCCAAUCUCAACAAAUCAAUCCUAAUGAAUUCACUUUACAUUCUACGCUUCAAUCAAUAUUCGGCAUAUCAGAUAAACGUUCAAACAUUCCGAAAAAAAUAUUUUACAUAACGAAUUCUUAUUUAAUUAUACACCAAUUCGAACAGCUUGUGGAACUGUUCCAACAGCAAAGAACAAUCAAUGACGUAUCAAAUUUUUUUACAUUAUUCAUUGGAGAUGAUAAUAGCAAUGAUAUUUGUAAUAGUUUUGAAUCUUUAACCAAAUUAGGAAAGGGUUAUUCAACGUUUACUAAAUGUAAUGACGCAUUUGAAAUAAAUUUAAUUUCAAUCGUGAAAAAUUCUUUGGAAAUCCCUUUAACCGAUUAUGAAUUUCAUUUGGAAGAUCCAGAAAACAUUGAAUCUAGUCAUCACCUUGAUAAUUCCACUUAUAUCAUCCCUAAUAAUGAAGAUUAUGUUGAAGAUAAUCAUGAAGAAUCUAGUCAUCAACUUGAUAAUUCCAUAUUCCUCAUUCCUAAUAUAUCCCAUAACAAUAACCAUCAAAGACCUGAACUUCAACAAGUUCCUGCAGAAAUUCCUUUAAUUUAUAAUAAGCAAAAUUCUGUAGUUUACUUUCUUCUAGAGAAAGGAAUUAAACCUCCUAAAGUGAUAUCUGUCAAAGCAAAAUUUCAACAAGAUUUAGUUCAAUUUCAUGUGACGUUAGAUCCACGUGCUCUUAAGUUAAAAUUUAUUCAUACCUUGGCCGCAAAGAAAUUCAUUGAAGAAAAUCAAGGGAAGCCUUCUGUUGGUUCAAAUCCAAAGAUCAAGGAUCAGGUUAUAUCAUUAGGUAAAAUGUAUAAUUUAAUUUCAACUUACACAAGUUUUUUGGCCAUUAAUAAACGGGGCGAAUCUUCAACUUCAAAAGAAUUUAACAAUCAUCCCAUUUCAAUCUUUCAUUAUCACAAACCAAAUUAUAAUUCAUCCACAUAUUUUAAUUUUAAAGAUUUCACGAAAAAGAAUUUUCCACCUUCUUAUACACCGAUAUCAACAUCAUCCGAAUUAAUUGAUUUAAAGAAUUUAAAUAUACAUUCCGGUUUAUUAUCAAGAUGUACCGACAAUUUAACAAACCUAAUUUCAAAUCCGGUAUUAUUUGUAAAAGAUAGUGUAGAUGAAGUGAUGAAUAAAUAUUCAGAUGAAAAGUUAACGUUAGGUAUAAGGCACAAACAUCCGAUUUACUAUUUAGGUAAUGGGAUGGUUAAUUCUGGUUCUGCGGCUUAUCAGGUUGCGAGAAAAUUUGAACGUUUUCCCAUAUUUGGCGGAUUAUUUGUUAAACCUGUGGUAAGGUUUAUUGAUGAGUCUGUUGUAAAAAAGUCAAGGGAAGAAUUAAGCGUUGAGGAAUUUGAUAAACAUUUUAAAGAGAAUCUUUUUGAAUCACAUGAAGAAAUGGUUAAUCCGAGAGUCGUUCACGUAGAAACUUUAUUUAGUUUUUUGAAAUUAUUUUCCUUUGAUGGAACAAUCUUGGACGAGAGUAGGUUUUAUGAAUUUUUUGGGAAAGGUAACUCUAGCGUUUUAGAUCAAAUGAAUUUGACAGUUGACGAUGAUGAUGUUGAAUGUUGGUUAAUUGCAAUUUCUUUGGCUUAUUUUGAAAUUGUUUUAUGGGAAGAAUUUAAGGAAGAAUCUAUCAUGUGUUAUCAUAAAUCCGAAAAAGCUCUUAAGCAGAUGAUCAAAGUUGAGGAUUAUGAAGAUUUCGAUGAGAAAUAUAAUGAAUUAUUAGAGAAAGCUCGUGAAUGGAUAAAACUAUGGAUAGAUAAUGUCUAUUGGCAUUAA